AUGGAGAGAGCAACACUUCUCUUCUUUCUCCUUUUGUCUUCAAUAGCAAAGGCUCAGAAUGGCAAUGGAAGCAAUAUGAUAAUCUCAGUCCAUGUUGGUCUAAUCCUUGACACAGGAACACUGGUUGGAAAGAUGAGCCAGACCAGCAUCUCAAUGGCAAUCAAUGAUUUCUAUGCUGCAAACAGUAACUACACCACAAGGUUGAUUCUCCACACCGAGGAUGGCAAGGAGGACGCCAUUGGAGCCACCUCUGCAGAUUUCCUUCAUGUGCAUGCAGCUUUCAAGUUGUUAAUCGAUGUAGGAGUGCAGGCAAUCAUAGGUCCUCAAAAAUCUUCUCAAGCUGUGUUCAUAUCAGAUCUUGGAAACAAGACUCGAGUUCCUAUUGUUUCUUUUUCAGCAACAAGCCCUUCUAUCUCCCCUGCCCGUGCAGCAUAUUUUGUGCGUACAGCAUUUAAUGACUCUUCUCAGGUGAAUGCUAUAGCCGCCAUUAUUAAGGCCUUUGGAUGGAGAAGAGUCACCCUUGUGUAUGAAGACACUGAUUAUGGUACAGGCAUCGUGCCGUAUCUCAUCGACGCCCUACAAGAGAUUGAUGCUCAUGUACACCACCGUAGUGUCAUUCCUCUAUCAGUAACCGAUGACCAGAUAUUAGGGGAGUUAUACAAACUACAAACCAUGCAAACAAGGGUCUUCAUUGUGCACAUGGCACCAUUUCUUGGCACCAAUUUCUUUCUAAAGGCAAAUGAGGCAGGAAUGAUGACAAAAGGUUAUGUGUGGAUUAUAACAGAUGGGUUAACAAAUCUAUUAAAUUCCUUUGACCAAUCUAUCCUUGACUCGAUGCAAGGACUACUAGGUGUGAGGCCUUAUGUACCAAAAACAAGAAAGCUGGAUGAACUCACCAUUCGAUGGAAAAGAAAAUUCCGGCAGGAGCAUCCUGAUAUUGAGAAGGCAGAGCUUAGCAUUUUUGCCCUGUGGGCAUAUGAUACAGUUUGGGCACUAGCAAUGGCUGCAGAGAAAGUUGGGAUCACAAAUUCUACUUUUUUGCAACCCCAAACCACAAACAAUUCAGGCAUCUUGGAUAUGUUAGAAUUCUCUGAGACAGGUCCAGGUCUUCUCAAGGCAAUCCUAGAUACCAAAUUCGAUGGCCUUAGCGGGGAACUCUGUCUCAUUGAUGGGCAAUCACAAUCACCCACCUUUCAAAUAAUUAAUGUAAUUGGGAAAGGGGAAAGAGUGAUUGGUUUCUGGACACCAGCACAUGGGAUCUCAAGGACACCGAAUCCAAUUAGCAGAACUUAUUCAACUUCCAUGAUUAAUCUUAGCAUCAUUUUCUGGCCUGGAGAAUCAACCAUAGUGCCAAAAGGUUGGGAAAUCCCAACAAGUGAAAAAAAGUUGAAGAUAGGGGUCCCUGUAAAAGCUGAGUUUCAUGAAUUUGUAAAGGUGGAACGGAAUCCUCUCACCAAUGCAACAACAAUGAGUGGGUACUGCAUUGAUGUCUUUGAUGCUGUGAUGCAAGCUUUGCCAUAUGCAAUCCCUUACGAGUAUGUUCCUUUUGAAAAUGCCGCAGGGGACACUGCAGUUACUAACCACAUAUGGGUUCGACAGAAUUAUGAUGCUGUGGCAGGAGAUGUCACAAUCAUAGCCAACCGUUCCUUGUAUGUGGAUUUUACGUUGCCAUACACAGAAUCAGGAGUGGUUAUGAUUGUUCCAGUCAAAGAGGAUGCAAGAAAGAAUGCAUGGAUCUUCUUGAAGCCACUCACAGUGGACCUCUGGCUCGCGACCUUGGCCUUCUUUUUCUUUACAGGAUUCGUGGUGUGGGUGGUGGAGCAUCGAAUCAACGAAGAAUUUAGGGGCCAUACGUCCAAACAACUCGGAACCAUCUUCUAUUUUGCUUUCUCAACACUUGUCUUUGGUCAUAGAGAAAAACUGGAGAGCAACUUAUCAAAGAUCGUACUGAUCAUAUGGGUAUUUGUCGUGCUGAUCCUCACAUCGAGUUACACAGCUAGUUUGACCUCCAUGUUGACUGUUGAACAGCUCCAGCCAACUGUUACAGGCAUAAAACAGCUUAUAAAAAAUGGUGACUACGUUGGCUAUCAACGGGGUUCCUUUGUAAAAGAGCUACUGAUGCAGCUCCACUUUGAUGAGUCCAAGCUUAGAGACUUGGGAAGUUCUGAUGAAUAUGCAGAGGCACUCUCUAAGGGCAGCCACAAUAAUGGUGUAUCUGCCAUCUUCCAUGAGAUCCCAUAUGUCAAGAGCUUCCUUGCAGACCACUGUAGUAGAUACACAAUGGUUGGACCAGCCUACAAGACUGCUGGGUUUGGAUUUGUCUUUCCCAAAGGUUCCCCAUUAGUCCCUGAUGUAUCAAGGGCAGUCUUAAAUGUAACACAGGGGGAUAAAAUGGUGGAAAUAGAGAGGAAAUGGAUUGGUUACGAAAAUACUUGUCAAAAUCAAGACAUGACCCUAGGCUCACACAGUCUAAACUUCAACAACUUUGGAGGACUAUUCCUCACCACGGGAAUUACUUCAACUUCAGCUCUCUUGAUAUUCCUAGCUAUCUUUAUAUAUAAGAACCAGGAUGAGUUGAAAACCAUGGGUUCCGGAUAUUCCAUUUGGACAAGAGUUGUAGUGUGGAGCAAAUACUGGGACAAGAAAGAUUUAACCUCCUCUACAUUCAAAAGGGACGUGCCAAUUGGUGGAUCCUCAUAUGUUGGUGAUAGCCUUGUACACAGAGCAAAUAUGAGGGCUUCAAUUAAUGCUGAUGGAUCGCAGAGUCCCAUUAGCAUUUCUGAACAUUCUGAUCUGAGCAUCUUCCUGCCAUACGAAGGAAUGACUUCUCAAGAACUAGGUAGUCCAAGCAUAGAAACUCAAGAUACACAAGCCUCUACAGAGAUAUACUAAGGCAUUGAGCAGGGGUUGGUACAAUUGUUAACACAAAGAUGGAAAAGAAUUAUAUAUACCAUGUUCCAUUGUUUUUCCCAAAUUUUUACCAUCACUAGAAUCUGAUUUCAAAGCCCAUUCAUCCAUAUGCUACUCUCUUUUAUGACCUAACUGCAUUAUACUAAUAUAGUAUCACUACCUAUUUUACAUUCACAAGAAUUUGACCUCAAUGCCUGUUCAUGUAUAUGCUACUCUCUUAUGACCGAAUUAAAGAAGAUCACCAAACUCCAUUUGGACCAUUUUGGCCAUUACGGGCAGGUCUGCAUAAAGUUCGGGAGCAAGAUAGCCACAUCAGGAAGCCAAAUCACACACCAGCUCCUACAAAUCCUAACUUGCAUGUACGAUGUUCGAUUAAUGUGUUUUUUCUAAAAUCGGGAACUUCUCAAGAUCUGCAACAUGACACCAACUCCUAAAGGGUGUAACACACCUAACGAUCAAGGGCAAAUUCCAAUCUUUAGAUCUCAAAAUAGACUGAUCAAUAUGAAAAUUUUCUUUUUGAUGAAGAUUUUGACCAUACAUAUUUCUCAACACGAAAAGAAUAAAGCAACGCAGUUGAAAACAAAGUAGAUAUAGAAAUUGAAAUCCACCUCUUGCAAGGUUUUAACUUUUUCAUGAUUAUUUUCACUAGACAUGUCUAUUUUGGAAAAGUUGUGCCAUUUUUUAAUAGAAGAUAAAUUCAACUUGGGUUGUGUAAGGGCGGAUCUAAUUAGUUUAAAUAAAGAUAUUGUAACUCAGUUUUAUCAUCAUUAAUGGAAAAAAGAAGACCUAUACCCUACUUUUACCAGUUUUUCUAUGUUUGAAGAGAUUCAGGGGAAGCAUGUUGAAAAAAAAAUUCCCUUCUUCCCAAUUAGAUCAUGACCUGGUUGCACUGUAUUACUAUAAUAUUAUUCCUAUGGCACAUUACCAAGUCAUAAUUCUCAAUCUUCAAUCAUAAACUCCAUCAACAAAUAAAAACACUGUUUUAAAACACUACUGUCUUCACUCCACAGACAACCCACCUUAACGACUUUGCAACACAUUCAUUACAUAUUACUAUUGGACAA